UGACUGCAGUAUUACAGAGAAAGGCUGUUCUGCUCUCUUUUCAGCUCUGAAAUUAAACCCCUCUCACCUGAGAGAACUGAAUCUGACCUACAGUAAACCAGGAGAUUCAGGAGUGAAGCUGCUCUCUGAAAUACUGAUGGAUCCACUUUGUAAACUGGAGAAACUACAGCUGGAAUUCUGCAAUAUUACAGAGAAACACUGUGCUGAUCUGGUUUCAGCUCUAAAAUCAAGCCAAUCAGAGCUACGAGAGCUGAAUUUGAGCUACAACAAACCAGGAGUGAAGUUUAUCUCUGGUUUACUGGAAGAUCCAUGCUGUAAACUGGAGAAACUACAGCUGGAAUUCUGCAGUAUUACAGGAGAAGACUGUGCUGCUCUGGUUUCAGCUCUGAAAUCAAACCCCUCCCACCUGAGAGAGCUGAAUCUGAACUACAAUAAACCAGGAGAGUCAGGAGUGAAGCUGCUCUCUGAUCUACAGAAGGAUCCUCACUAUAAACUGGAGAAACUACAGAUCUGUGACUCUUCAGAAUUACAUGAACUAAAUUUAAACAACAAAAAUUUAGGAGAUUCAGGAGUGAAGCUGCUCUCUGAUCUACUGGAGGAUCCUCACUGUAACCUGGAGAAACUACAACUGAUGAACUGCAGGAUUACAGGAGAAGGCUGUGCUGCUCUGGUUUCAGCUCUGAAAUUAAACCCCUCACACCUGAGAGAGCUCAAUCUGAACCUCAAUAAUCCAGGAGAUUCAGGAGUGAAGCUGCUCUCUGACCUACAGAAGGAUCCUCACUUUAAACUGGAGAAACUACUGCUGGAGAAAUGCAGUAUUACAGGAGAAGGCUGUGCUGCUCUGGUUUUGUCUCUGAAAUCAAACCCCUCCCACCUGAGAGAGCUGAAUCUGAACCUCAAUAAUCCAGGAGAGUCAGGAGUGAAGCUGCUCUCUGAUCUACUGAUGGAUCCUCACUUUAAACUGGAGAAACUACAGCUGGAGAGCUGCAGUAUUACAGGUGAAGGCUGUGCUGCUUUAGCUUCAGCUCUGAAAUCAAACCCCUCACACCUGAGAGAGCUGAAUCUGAACUCCAAUAAUCCAGGAGAUUCAGGAGUGAAUCUGCUUUCUGAUCUACUGAAGGAUCCUCACUUUAAACUUGAGACACUAAAGCUGAUGGGUUGGAGUAUUACAGGGGAAGGCUGUGCUGCUCUGGUUUCAGCUCUGAAAUUAAACCCCUCACACCUGAGAGAACUGAAUCUGAACUACAGUAAUCCAGGAGAGUCAGGAAAGAAGCUGCUCUCUGAUCUACUGAAGGAUCCCCACUUUAAACUGGAGAAACUACAACUGAUGGGCUGCAGGAUUACAGGAGAAGACUGUGAUGCUCUGGUUUCAGCUCUGAAAUUAAACCCCUCCCACCUGAGAGAACUGCAUCUGAACCACAAUAAUCCAGGAGAUUCAGGAGUGAAGCUGCUCUCUGAUCUACUGAAGGAUCCUCAGUUUAAACUGGAGAAACUAGAGCUGAUGAACUGCAGGAUUACAGAAGAAGGCUGUGCUGCUUUAGCUUCAGCUCUGAAAUCAAACCCCUCACACCUGAGAGAGCUGAAUCUGAACCACAAUAAUCCAGGAGAUUCAGGAGUGAAGCUGCUCUCUGAUCUACUGAAGGAUCCUCAGUUUAAACUGGAGAAACUAGAAAUCUAUCCAUAUUAGACUGACCUACUCUAACUGGCCAAUAUGAGUUCUGCUUCUGAGCAGUUCUGCUUCUGACAUCACUUCCUGUUUACCAGUGACAUUAUUCAGGACUUUUGUAGCGUCUAGAAGCAUCCAAUCACCUGCUAAAAAUUUACAGGACUCCUACAUAGUGUUUUUAUAUUUAUGAAGAUCUGCUUUGUUAAUUCUGUUUAUGUUCAAGAAGGGAUUAGUAUUGCAUAUGGUGAUUAAACAGAUAUUUUAUACAAUUAUCACAGUUAUCUCUCUUAUCACAAACUAUCCACCAACGUUAGUUUUUUAUCGUCUGCAUAUUCAGAGUCUAUUUGGGCAAAUCUGUCUCUUACAUGUAAGAUAAAAGUGAGAUGAUAAUGUAUUAGAGGAAAUGCAAACAUGUAUGUUCAUCUAUUUAAACUAUACUUUUCAUGUAUUGUUAAUAAAAUGGUUGUUCUUA